AUGAAGGAAGCAGAGAUGUUGAGGACAAAAACGGCUAGCAAGUUCUUCAAGACACCACAAGAAAAGAGAGUUUCAAGAAAAAAGCUAGAUCUCAACUUCACCGAGGGUAAAAACAUAACAGGUAGGGUAAAAUACGAUCAAAAAGGCAAGGGAAAGGUGAAUUUGGUUGGAGGUUACUACGAUGCAGGUGACAAUAUGAAGUUUAACUUUCCCAUGAAAUUCUCAACGACAAUGUUGGCGUAUAGUGUGAUAAAGUUCGGCAAGUUGAUUGGUACAAAGCUGAAAUAUGCAUUAGAAGCAGUUCACUGGAGGACAAACUACUUACUAAAGUGUACUAAUAGCCCAGAUUUGAUUCAUGUUCAAGUUGGUGAUCCGUAUGCUGAUCAUUGA